CCACGCCCCCUCCUGGAGGAAUGCACUUCCGGUCUCUGGGCCCGCCCCUCUCCGGCUGCGGCGCCACGUCAGGCCUGUGCAGCUCCGGUCCGUGCGCUGUUCUCUUCCCCUGGAGGUCGCUGGUGGGAGCUGCAGGAUGGAGAGCCUCUACCGAGUGCCGUUUACCGUGCUGGAGUGUCCGAACCUCAAGCUGAAGAAGCCUUCAUGGCUGCACAUGCCCUCCGCGAUGACGGUCUAUGCCAUGGUGGUGGUCUCCUACUUCCUCAUCACUGGAGGAAUAAUUUAUGAUGUUAUUGUGGAACCACCCAGUGUUGGCUCAAUGACAGAUGAGCAUGGUCACCAGCGACCAGUGGCUUUUCUGGCCUACCGGGUGAAUGGGCAGUAUAUAAUGGAAGGCCUAGCUUCAAGCUUCCUAUUUACAAUGGGAGGUUUAGGUUUUAUAAUUCUUGAUAGGUCUAACGCACCAAAUAUUCCCAAGCUGAAUAGAUUCCUUCUGCUUUUUAUUGGCUUUGUCUGUGUCCUGUUGAGCUUCUUCAUGGCCAGAGUCUUCAUGAGGAUGAAAUUGCCCGGAUACCUUAUGGGCUAAGUGUUCCAUAGAACCAGCACUUAUAAUUCGCAGUAAUAAUGGAAGGAAUAACGUCCACACUGUAAAACUACAUAGAAAUUGCUUACAUGUGAAGAAUAGCAGAGAGAGAAUUUCCUCAAGGACAUUGUUUGCCAACAAAAAAAUAUUUUUGUAUAUGGUUUUUCACAUUUUUUGUUGUUUUUGGUUCAGAAUUAAACUUUUUUUUUUUUGUUUAAAGU